CUUCUUAAUGCCAUUAUUUUUAAUUUAAAUUUUGAGCUAAAAAUUUGGAGAAAGCAGUUGGACUGUGCAACGAUCGAAAUUUGGAUGGAAACAAAUGAUUUUUUUUUUCGAAAUUAAUUCGUAAUAAUCUCCGGAUCCAAAUGUUCUUCGCUAGCUCAUAAACUCCUCAAAAUUAGCUGGAUUUUUUUUUCAUCCGAAGAACAAAAGAUGGAGAAAUGUAAAAAAUAGAAAAUACAGAACACUUUCUGAAGUCCUGAAAGGAAUUCGCAGGUUCUUAAUUCUGAAUUUCUUCCAUUUUUUCAAUUUCCCUUUUGUUAUUUGCUUCCUGAUUCUUCAGAAAAUGUCAGGGUUUGUUUCCGGGAUUUCUUUGACGAAUGUAGGUCUUUGCAUGGGCAAUCCAUUUUUGAGGUUUGCAAGGACUUGGUGGCGUUGUUAAGAUGUACAGGACAGUGGCUACAUCUGCGGCCACAACCACAGCAACAACAACAACAGAUAGCGUUGAUUAUGUUGUAAAUUUGGAUCAAAUUCCACGGUGGAGUGAUGCAGAACAUAGGUCUUCAUUGGAGUUCGUCAACGAAGAUCCUUCCUUCUCUAAUUCGUAUUUUCCUGAUCCUCUGACGUCUCCAUCUGACGCGGAGGGUGGUAAUUAUGGAGUGGUUUCGAGAUUUCCCGUCGAUCAUGAAAUUAAUUCCAAAAUAUAUCUGUGGCGGGGGAAUCCUUGGAAUCUCGAGGUAGAUGCUGUCGUGAAUUCUACAAACGAGAACUUGGAUGAAGCACACAGUAGCCCUGGUUUGCAUGCUGCAGCAGGACCUGGUCUAUCAGAAGAAUGUGGAACACUUGGUGGUUGUCGCACAGGAAUGGCAAAAGUCACUAAUGCUUAUGACCUUCCUGCUAGGAAGGUAAUGCAUACUGUAGGUCCAAAAUAUGCUGUCAAAUACCAUACUGCUGCAGAGAAUGCUCUGAGUCAUUGCUACCGUUCUUGCCUUGAACUUCUCAUCGAAAAUGGGCUUCAGAGCAUUGCUAUGGGUUGUAUAUAUACAGAGGGAAAAAACUAUCCUCGUGAACCUGCUGCACACGUAGCAAUAAGAACUGUGCGUCGUUUGAUUGAGAAGCAGAAAGGUAAAAUUAAAGCUGUUGUCUUUUGUACAACAUCAUCAAUCGAUACUGAGAUAUACAAAAGGUUGCUUCCUCUGUACUUUCCCCGUGAUAAACACGAAGAAGAAGUUGCAUUGUCAAAGCUUCCUGCAGAUGUUGGAGAUGAGAAUGGUGAGACUAUUAUAGAUGAGCGGAAAAUCAGGAUAAACACUUUGCCCAAAAAGAAUGUUCUGAAACCUCCCCAAGUUCCCGAUGAUCCUCCUGUCAGUCAUGUAAGGUUGACACAGAGGAACCCAUCAUAUUUGGAUUCAUACCUGGAUCCUGCUUUCAUGGCUUUAAUCAAAGAUCCAGAUCAAAGACGCAAGGAACAAUGGGAAAAAACUGCCCAGGCUCAGACUGGAUGGAAUUAUGGUAGAAUACUUGGAUUUGGUGAACUUGGUGGAGCUCCUUUAUCUGCUGCUGAAGAAUACUCACUUCAUUCAAGAUACCUUGCUAAAGCAAAUUCUCUUAAUCUCUCUGAAAUUGGGGAGAUGAAAAUUGUUUACCGUGGUGGAGUUGAUAGCGAGGGUCGCCCUGUUAUGGUCGUUGUGGGAGCACAUUUUCUACUGCGUUGUCUCGACCUUGAGCGAUUUGUGCUCUAUGUUGUAAAGGAAUUUGAGCCAUUAAUUCAGAGGCCUUACACCAUUGUGUACUUCCACUCAGCAGCUUCUUUACAGCCUCGGCCCGACAUGGGAUGGAUGAAGAGAUUGCAGCAGAUUCUUGGCCGAAAACACCAGCGUAACCUCCAGGCAAUAUAUGUUCUUCACCCGACUUUCGGAUUGAAAGCUGCAGUAUUUGCCAUGCAAUUGCUUGUGGAUAACGCGGUAUGGAACAAGGUUGUGUAUAUCGAUCGACUACUGCAGCUGUUCAAAUAUGUUCCACGAGAGCAGUUGACCAUCCCGGACUUCGUAUUUCAGCACGACUUAGAAGUAAAUGGAGGGAAGGGCCUAAUUGUGGACCCUCGAACAAAAUACGUAUAUCAUCGACCUUAACAUCGAAGAAAAUGUAUGGAUAAUGAUCCAUUAGCGUCUCGUAUUAGGUGGGUAGGUGUUGGUUAUGUUUGUAGAAAUGGCAUACCAUUUUCUUUCAUCCUUAUUUUUGUUGAAGUAUUGGUUCUUUUGUGUAAUGAAGAUGAAAUAACGUUGUAUAUUACGUCGGAUGAGCCUUUUUAAUAAAAUGAAGAAAAAAAUUAUGAUUUUUUUC